AUGCACCUGUUCCAGUGCUGGAGCAUACAAGAGUCAAUCGGUCGCUUUUGGCCCUUCUUGCGCCUGAAUGACGGGGUGCUCGCCAUGGACGGGUACGUCGAAUUGAAUCUGGCCAUGCAGAAGGCCCUUGCGGAGGAGUUUCUGUUGGAACGAGCAGUAGACAGUGCCAUGGGCGACUGGAGUGAAGACGUGCAGCUAGGGCAAGAGGCGAUGACCGAGGAGGACUUUGCUAUGUUCCUUUUCGAGCUUUGCACGCUUUGGUGCGGCCCAAAUGUCUCCGUCCACGUGUACUUGCUCUUUCUCUGUGCGGUCUUCAUUGCCGUCACAGACCAUUCUGGAGCCUUCACUCUGGGGCUCCGAAGACUGGAGGACGUUGAGCGCCUCCCAGAAACCUUCUUUGAGCUGCUAAACUUGCAAGGCCCACUUGGGAGAUUUUGGCAGGCCUCACUUGCCUCAUGGCUCCAUGACAAUGUGGCAACAGAGGCGCAGCAGGCGGCAGUGCAGCAUGUGCAGCGGCAGGUCUUUCAGCUGACGCAUGAUGCGCGAUCGGUCUUCCUCUUUCAGUUGGAGGAAGCCCCACCUGGUGCACAGAUGCUGGACUUGGUGAAAUCCUCGACCAAACAACUUGCAAAGAUUGGUAAGACCAGCCUGCCCACCGUGGUGGAUGCGCCCCCAAAGCCGGGAACGCAGAAGCCACAGGUUUCUCCACCACAGGUUCCAGGAGCCAACCAUCAUGGCAGUGGGCUCAGCGAUGCUCAGCUCACCCAGCUGGGUCUUUGUGGCAAGUCUGUCCUGUCAAGGCCUCCAGAACCACGGCCGCAGGUUUUGCCCAUUGGCCGGCUCUUUGAUACUGAGCUGGUGCAGUACCAGGGACGAGGUUUGGGUCUGGCUGGCCAAUCGGCCAUCCUGGCAGCUCGGCCAAACGUGCGGAGCAUCAUUACAGCCAGCAGUGUAGCGACAGCGGAUGGCUUACCAGGCUGGACUGACUCAGGUGCUGCGAGUAACUCACAUUCCUCGUUGAGCAAUCCGAUGUGGUCGCUUUUGAUGCUGCAGUCAUUUGCGGUUGCUUUUGACGCGCCAGGUUACAGCAUGCCCAGCGCCCCGACUACGUCCGGCCCAAGCAAGCCUCCAACUGCCACAGUCUUGGAGUCUUCAGAGGCAGGGUCUCAAGUCUUUGCAAAUGGCUGA